CGCGCCUACCGCAACUACGAAAUUGUUGAUGCCAUUGAGGCUGGGAUAUCCUUGGUCGGCACCGAAGUCAAGUCGAUUCGCAACGGCAAACUCAACCUACGAGACAGUUAUAUUCGUCCCACUAAAGAUGAGUGGUCCGGCAUACUUUACAACGUGCACGUGCACAUUGGCAAACACAGUCAGGCUGGGGCCUUCUUUCAGCAUGAAGAAACCCGACCCCGUGCUCUGUUGGCACACAAAGCCGAAGCCCGCAAAUUGCUUCAACAGCCCGAACAACAAGGCAUGACUAGUGUGCCUCUGAAAGCCUAG